AUGUCGCGCAACGUGAGCAGUGCUUCUGGAGCUGGCGUCCGAGCCUCAUCGUCCACACCAGUAGCAGAGCGUACGAACCGAUCCAACAGAGGACGUCGCUCUACCAGUACUGAGCCUAGAUGUGGUGCAAGCAAGUCGGCUCAAACACAACGCGCUGCAUCGUCGGCGCGAUCGUCGCCUGUCACAUCGUACGUCGCUGGCUUCGCUGCGUCGACGUCUCGCUCGCGUCCCACCAGCCACCCACCAGUUCGAGGUGCUUCGCUACCGCAAUGUUUGUCGGCAUCGCAGCAACGAUCGCCAGAACACGGCUCGAAUAGUCGCAUUGCCACCCCAAACAGCAGCACGUCUACUAGCUGCAGAACCAGCGUCGUGCUCGACGCUUCGGCAUAUCGGUACUCGCUCAACGUGGGCACCAUCUCGAGGUUUCCAGCGUCUUGUACGGAUGGCGCAAAUCAGAUCCUUCGUGCUACCAAGCCGAGCCAAGACGUGUCUGCGACAAUACCUGUGCCAAUCGAUCCUGGUCGAGCAUCGGUGUCGUCUGCAACCUCAUCGCGUGCGUCGUCGCGGCUCUCUUCGCGCUACACCGCGGAAGAGGUGGCACCGCAGAGAAGACCCGUCUACCUCGCCUUGCCCUCUGAUCCAAGUGCAGUGGGUCCUUGGUCCAAUACCAGCUCCACGCUACUGUCGCAAUCCAAGCUCGGCGAUAAACACGCCAGCACCAGCAGUGCGGCCAAGCCGCACAAGAAGAGCGAUCACAGCGGCGCCCCAAGCAGGAACAGCAAGAUCAUGACGAGCUUUCCAUUUCCGCAUCCUGUGACGCCUAGGAGACGAGGUGCGGGUGGAGGCGAGGGUGGUAGUGCGAAUGCAGCGGGUAGCGGUGGACGUAUGGCUGCGGUUGGUGCAGCGUGGCAGCGGUUAUUGACUGCGGUGUUUGCUGGGCCGUACGAGAGGCAAUUGGAUCGCGAGGAGCAGGAGGACGAUCGGAUCACCGAAUCGAUUAUCCAAGGGAUUGCAUGGCGUAACGGUACGCAUCGCGAUGCUGCAAGCGGUGGUCGUACAGACUACGGCACCAUCUCGAUCGGUUCAUCAUCCAAGAAACCAGCGAGUGCUGACUCACAAGACGUUGAUCCAUCCGAUCCAUACGGCUACCGACGUCUCGCCGGCCCACAUCUGCUGCCUAGCUACACCACGCAUCUGGUCGCACGCCGGCGCGAACGUCGGCGAGCACGCAGUCGUGCGCGCUUCCAGUGCAUGGCCCUCUGGACAAUCUGGACCGUCAGCAUCCUCCUCGUCCUCAUCGUCAUCGUUCUCCUCUUCAGCUUCGUCUUUCCCGAUCGCUUGCGCAUCCCCAAUCACUCGGACGACCAUGUACUUGCUCCCUGGUUCCCUAUCCCCGCCCCCGCAUUGCUCCCAUCCAUCACUAUCGCUCGCAUACAUCCCUCCUGA